CCGGUUUUUUGUUGUUGUUCAAAGACAAAGCCCAGUGGGACGAUCGCUGUAAAGAAGAACGCAGACAAGGGCGACCAGACCUCGCUCCUAAGUAAUGCCACUUAGCAGCACUACGGGACUCCCGGACAGUCCGCGGCUCAGACGCGAUCGGCCCAGGUCUUCGCAGCUAGAUUUGAUCAGGAGUUAAACAGCCGCGUGCUCCCCGAGCUCCCUCCAACAAGUCCCGUUUCACAGAGACAAACAGCCGGGGAGGCUUCGCAGCGCGGCGGCCGCGGUGCUUGGCCGCCAGACUGGAGCUGGCGGUCCGGGCAGCCUCUCGCUUCUCCCCCUUGUAAGUUUCCUGCGACGUGGAGCCAGUCGGGUCCCAGCCAGCGGCGACUCCCUUCCCGCACGCUGGAUUCACGGCGGCACCUGUUUCCACGGGACACUUACGCGCGUGACAUGGAGAGGCGACACGAAAGGGACCCCUGGUUCCUAGGAGGCUGCCAGCCACUGUAGGUUUACAUGGAGCAUCCCUGGCUGCGUUCGGACCCUACAGGCAGCUGGUGAGAGCUCUGCUUGUUCUGUAAAGUGGAUGUCAGGUGGAUCUAUGGUCUUGAAGGAACAAAGAGCAAACGAAGGGAAAGCCGUGGAAGUUUGAGCCGGGAGGAUGCAGGCUGUGUAUUGGUACGCCGUGCUUCUGCUGCAGCCUACUCUCUACCUGAAAAAUCAGCUAUCCCCAACUGGCACACAGAAACAAUCGUCGAUUGUUGGACUGCUUGCUGACUUCACAUUAGAAGUCACAUGUGCAAAUUUAACAAAUGGCGGCAAAUCAGAACUUCUAAAAUCAGGCAGCUCCAAAUCCACACUAAAGCACAUAUGGACAGAAAGCAGCAAAGACUUGUCCAUCAGCCGACUGCUAUCACAGACUUUUCAUGGCAAAGAAAAUGAUACAGAUUUGGACCUGCGAUAUGAUGCCCCAGAAACAUAUUCUGAGCAAGAUCUCUGGGAUUGGCUGAGGAACUCCACAGAUCUUCAAGAGCCUCGACCCAGAGCAAAGAGACGGCCCAUUGUCAAGACUGGGAAAUUUAAGAAAAUGUUUGGCUGGGGCGACUUUCAUUCGAACAUCAAAACUGUGAAGUUAAACCUUUUAAUAACUGGGAAAAUUGUUGAUCAUGGCAAUGGGACGUUUAGCGUUUAUUUCAGGCACAAUUCCACUGGCCAAGGGAAUGUAUCUGUGAGCCUGGUGCCCCCAACCAAAAUAGUGGAAUUUGACUUGGCACAACAAACAGUGAUUGAUGCCAAAGAUUCCAAGUCCUUUAACUGUCGCAUCGAAUAUGAAAAGGUUGACAAGGCCACCAAGAACACACUCUGCAACUAUGACCCUUCAAAAACAUGUUAUCAGGAGCAGACCCAAAGUCACGUGUCAUGGCUCUGCUCCAAGCCCUUUAAAGUAAUCUGUAUUUACAUUUCCUUUUAUAGUACAGAUUAUAAACUAGUACAGAAGGUGUGUCCUGAUUACAACUACCACAGUGACACGCCCUACUUCCCUUCAGGUUGAGAAUGAACAUAUGUCUGAGACUGAAGCCUGAGGAAUAAAAGAGGUCAUAUGACAGGGCUGUUACCUCAAAGAAGAAGGCCACCCCUAUUGCCUGGAAUGUGUCUACACUCUGCUGCUGCUGUCAAAUGGCUGCAAAUAUGUUAGUGGAAAACAAUCUAAUGUAAUUUCUGCCCAGUCAGCUCCAUGUAUCAGUCUAGUUGUAAAUCACUAUGGAUUCGAAAUAAAACCACACAGACAUGCACUCUUUUCAGCUCACACAUAUUAAGAUUCCUGUUAACAGGGCUUUCUUUGUCUGAUACAUAAUGUUUCAGGAUAACCUAUCAUCAAGCCAAAAGGAUUAACUAGACAGGGAAUGGUUUCUAACACAAACUGUUAUGGAAAUCUCCUUUAAAGUCUUGAAUACAUGCCAAUCAAUAAUUCCCACUCAUGCAUUCUACUGCUUAGACUAGCUGUACCGGUAAAUAAUACUAUAGGAGUAAAUGCUUGUUAAAAUGGGGAAAAAUGUGUGUUUAGAGUUCAGUAUUCCUUAUUAUAUGAACACAGCAAAGCAUAGUGACUUUUUUUCCAGCAUACAGUAGGCACAUUCAAGGUGGCGUUAGGUGGCUCUUUUUCUGUGGAGGGAGCCUAUUACUAGUAAAGAUGAGCAGACAUUUGGAAUUUACAUGUGGGCAGAUGUUAUGGUUUCAUAUUUCUUCACUGAACAUUUAAAUUGGCAGAGUUGAGACCAGCUGAGCUACUUAAAAACUCUCCAACUGUUCUGCAAGAAGGAAAAUGCCUGUUAGACAACAUGUAAGUUAUAAGUGGCUGUCUUAUCUUUAUUACAAAUAUUGUAACAAAUUCAAUAUCCUAGUCUUCAUUUGUAUGAAUGGUUUGUAUUGUACAUAGUUUAACCAGUGUUAUUUGAGCUGCUUAUCAAUAUUAACUUGUAAUUGUCUCUCUGCUUGUUAUUGGUUAAAAACAAUCAAGGAAAUGAGGAAUCCAUUUUAUCAAUGUAGCUGUAAACUCCAUUAAAAAGACAGAAUUAUGUACAAAGCAUUUAUUCAGCUAAAGUAUU